AUGCCUCAAGCGCAACCCGAGCUCAAAAAGUACAUGGAGAAGCGGCUCUUCGUGCAGUUAAACGGCAACCGCAAAGUGAUCGGCAUCCUGCGCGGCUAUGAUGUCUUCUUGAACAUCGUGCUGGACGAAGCGGUCGAAGAGAAAGCCGGCGGCGAGAGAGAGAGGCUGGGCAUGGUCGUGAUUCGAGGUAAUUCGGUGGUGAUGCUCGAGGCGUUGGAGCGCAUGGGCGAUGAUCGCCGAUGA